AUGGACGAACCAAGAGGAAUUUUAAGAAAUAAGGCCGAGGUCGAGCCCAAACACACUUCAAGUGACAAGUUGGAUCGCCAAGAGGUCAUAAGGAACACACGGUUGAACUCCAAUUUGGCCCAGAACCUGAACUCCAAAGGUGACUUGAUACGCAAUAAGAUCGCUGUUGCAAAGAAGCAACAACUGGAUCAAGGUAAAAAGACAUAUCCCGAUCACUUGAAGUGGGACGAGGUGAAUUUGUACCAGACUGAGCAAGAGAAGGCUGCCACCAUGAAGAUAGAUGAGCCCAAGACUCCGUAUGAGCGAGGAUUUGAUCCUACGGGGGAAUACUAUCAAGACGAUGAUGAAGAGGAAAUCCCUGGGUUUGAAUUGGGCGAAUCGGCGGAACACGAUACCCACAAGGUACAAUCUCUUGGAGGUGGGGAGAUUCUCCAGGACCAAAAUGCCCAGCAAGACGAACCAGAGCCAGAAAAGCCAUUAACAGCGAAGGAGAAACAUCAGAAGUUUGAGGAGAUGAGAAAGCAGCACUACCAUUUGAAAGGAUCGGUCUUGGGUAAGAAGAUUGAAGUAUCAGAUGACGAAGAGUAA